AUGCAUACAACGAUCGAACUCUGGAUGAGGGGGGAGUUGGGAGAUGGUGAGGAUGCGACUUCUGCUUUGAGGAGGCUGGAGAAGAUGCGGCAUGGGAUGUUUAGGGAGCAGAUGAUUCUUCUGAAUACGCUGCGCACGCUGAGUCAUUUUAGUGCCUUUGAGCCACCGGUUGGUGGACGGUUUCCGAGGGAGACGUAUGAUGGGAUUAUUGGUGAGGUUCAGAGGAUGCUUGUUUGUAUGGCUUUGAUGGCGAGGACGGCGCAGGGGCUUGAGGCACCCACUUCGCCUCCAACACCAACACCGACGGCAACAUCACCGACGAAGAGAAACCCCAACGCAACCAACGAAUCAGAACUAGUGCGACAGCCAGAAACCCCGUGGUCCACCCGCCUCGCAACCAUCGCCCUCGAAUCCACCACCUUCAAAUCCCACUCUAUAACCUCCCUUCUUUGCCAUCUCAGCUCCGCAAUCAGAAACGCGCAGCCACUACCGCCCUUCCUGUCUGCGGGCGGCUCGUUCCCACUAGCGAGACGGCUACGAGAGGUUGAUGGCGGACUCUUGAGUCUUCGACACGUCGAGGACCCGGCCUUCUCGGCGUUUGUGGCGAUGGAGGUGCUUAGGUCUGUUGCUGGGCACGGGCUAGCGGGGUUGUUGAGGAAUGUGAGGGAGUUGGUUGGGGAGAUUUCGUUUGAUUUCCAGAUGCGACCUGCGACGGAUGAGGCGGAGAGAAGAAGGUUGAUGGAGGAGAGCGAGGAUGGGUAG